UUGGCUGUCUGACGCAUGCGUACUGUCGAACCAGGAACUUGUCUCUGGCAGAUCGCUGGUCCUCUGCUGUGCAACUGUUAUUGUUGUGUUUGCCACUGUUAUUGCAACAAUGUUAACGUUACAUUUCACGAAAGACAUUUUACCAGACUCUGUCGACAAUGACUUUCAAAAUAUCAACAAAUUCAACGAACCGCAAUUUAUGAACUUGAUAGAGAUUAUUUUUCAAUUUCUACUAGAGCCUAAAGAGACCGAACGGUUCAUGCAACAGCUGAGUGCAUUUGCAGGAGAACAUGGAAUGAGUCCUGGACCUCUGAAGAACCUGAUGAAAAGUGUCCUAAUGGUGCCACAAGGGGCCCUGAAGAAGUCUCUGACAGCCCAGCAGGUAAAAGAGGACCUCCUGACCUUAGGACUGAAUGAAGACAAGGCAGCACACUUUUCUAAACAGUGGGGCGAUCACAGUGCUGUUCUUUCCAGACGGGCUAUCGGACAAACCCUGAUGGUGAACCAGCUAGUGGACAUGGAAUGGAAGUUUGGAGUGACUGUGGGGACCAGUGAAAUUCAGAAAGUAGGCAACAUCUCCCUACAGCUGAAGCUGGUGAUCCGGAAAGGAAGUUCCACUGAGAACGUCUACAUGGAGUUGACACUUCCUCAGUUUUAUAACUUCCUGCAUGAGCUGGAGAGAGCGAAGACCAGCAUGGACUGCUUCAGCUGAAGUGUGUCUGUGUGUGUGUGUGGGUGUUAGUGCGUGUGUGUUUGUGCGUGUAUGUGCAGGUGAGAAUGUGUGUGUGAAGAUAAAUCUAUGUUGAAUUUGAGAUAGUAUACAGCAUUCCUUCCUUUUUCAUGAUAGUCAUUGUUGAAUAUUUGUUUACGAUACGUUGUCUUGAAAAAUAUUAAAUGAACUUGAUCCGAGUUGUCAUUGUUAUUGUCUUAAAAUGUGAGCAGAUCUGACAAGUUCAUGUUGGACCGGACUAAAGUCUGUCUUUACUUACCUGAAGCUGCUCGACACAGCGAUCAUAGUCCCCAACCGACCUAAAGGUGAAGCAGCAAUUAAAAUUAAUGGACUGCAUGUAUGUCGCACGUAUACCGCCAAAUGACCUAUCAUUU